AUGUUUAAAGGUAAUAAUAAAUUCAUGGAUUUUCCAUUUUAUGGGAAUAAGAAUGAGUUAGAAGAAAACGACGAGCACUUAAAAAGUAAUAACAAUAAUAUUAGUACUAAUUUUAGCAGUAAUAUUAGCACAAAAUUUAGCAGUAAUAUUAGCAGUAAUUUCAACAGUUUUAACCAUAUUAACAAUAUUAAUAAUAGUAUUAACAGUAAUAUUAACAGUAACAGCAAUAAUAUUUUUAGUAAUAAUGUUGUAGCAACGAAAGAAUGUAGCAAAGAAUUUUUGAAGAAUAGAAAUUGUUUUGAAGAUGAUAAUAAUAUUAAGAAAAAUGUGAUAUAUGUAAAUAAUAAUGGGCAUACAUUAAACUAUCAUAAUAAUAGCACGAACUUUAAUAACAUCAAUAAUAGUAAUACCAUCAACAGUAGUAGUACCAUCAAUAAUAGUAGUACUAUCAAUAAUAGUAGUAUCAUCAAUAAUAGUAGUACCAUCAAUAAUAGUAGUACCAUCAAUAAUAGUAGUACCAUCAAUAAUAGUAGUACCAUCAAUAAUAGUAGUACCAUCAAUAAUAGUAGCACCAUCAAUAAUAGUAGUACCAUCAAUAACUUUAAUAUUAAUAAUAAUAAUAAUAAUGCAAGUGCAUAUAUGAAAACAAAGAAUGUGAAAUGUUUUCAAAAUGAUAAUAUGAACAAGUUGGAGAAAUCCGACAAGUAUUGCCAAAAUAACAACAGUCAAGUAAAAAAAUUUUUCGGGAGUUAUGAAUUUUUAAAUUUUAAACUUCGAAAUAAUGUUUUACUAAAAAGUGAAAAGAACAUCAAUAAUAAUAAUGGUAGUAGUAAUGGUAGCAGCAACUCUAGCAGCAACAUUAGUAGAUAUAGUAACAGUAACAUUAACAGUAACAGUAAUAGUAACAGUAACUGUAAUAGUAAUAGUAACAGUAACUGUAAUAGUAAUCCGAGCUGCGUACAAAAGAAUGUAAGGAACAAAAACGUAUGUAGUUAUAACAUCAGUAAUAGUGUCAGCCAUGUUUAUACUAACAAUGAAAGUAGUGUUUUAAAUAAUGAUCAAGGUGGUAGUAUUAUUAAGGAUAGCAGCUACUAUAAUUACAGCAAUUAUAAUAAUUAUGAUGGUAGUGUUAAUACGAAUAAUAUGUUCAAUGAAAAUGUUCAUAAUGUAUCGGAGUACGCAAAAAAUAAUGCUCAUAAUAAUAUGGUUUAUGCCGAUAGGAUUGGUAGUAGCAAUAUGAGAAGCAUUGUCAGCAACAAUGUUAAUAAUAUUAGCAGCAGUAAUAAUAAUAUCGUUUCCGACUUCUUAAGCAAGAAAUUUUUCAUUCAUAACCUCCUAAAUAUAAAGGACAAAUUAAAUAAUUUCAAAAGAGAAAAAAUACAACAUGAAAAAGAGGAGAUACAGGAUGAAGAGGAAGGAGUAGAAGAAAAGAGAAAUUAUAUUGCUCAUGCAAGAAGUUUUGAAAAAAUAAAAAAUGCUUAUUCAUUAACGAAUCUUAAUAAAAUGGAGAGUAUUAAAAAAAAUAAAUUUAGUGAUCAUCAAGAGAAAAAAAUAUCAUUUGUCAACAUAUUUGAAGAAAAAAGGAUAUCAGAAAAUUAUCUUGGCUACUACAACCAGAAUUAUCAGCACAUUGAAAGUAGGAAAGGAAUAUUAGAAAAAAGAGGGAGAGAAGUAGGAGUAAGAGAAGUCGGAUUAAGAGGAGUGGGAUUAAAGGAAGUAGGAGUAGCAGCACAUGAUGUACAUUUGACCCCUUUUGAUUUACAGCAAAAUAUAGAGUCAGAAGGUAGGGGAAAAAGAGGUGAUGGUCAUGAUAGUUGUUACGAGGAACAGUAUAAACUAAAGAAGUAUGAGCAGUAUCAAAAGGGAGUGUUAUACGGUAAUAACAACAAUAGUAGUGGUAAUAUUGGUAGCAUUAACGGUAACAACGGAAGCGGAAAUGUUUAUAAUGACGAUAAUAAUAAUAAUAAGAGUGGUAUCUGCAAUGGGAAUGGAGAUAAUGUGUACAGCAAUAAGGAAUAUGACAGUUACAACCUACAUACAUACCACAAGCAAUCAACAAACUCAAAAAAUUUGUAUAAUAAUAAUUUAAAGGGUAUUAAGACAAUAGAUUUGUGUUGCAAAAAUUCACAAGAACAGAAUGAGAAUAAUAUUAUUAAGAAUAAUAAAAAAAGCAUGUCAAAUGUUAAUUACUUAGCAAUAGGUGGAGAAAAAGGAGAUGGUCAUUCUGAGUAUAGUCCUAAUCAGCAUUGUAAUGAAAAUCUUAAUCAUCAUCACAGUCAUCAUCAACAUAAUCAUUCGCAUAAUCAUCCUCAUAAUCAUCCUCAUAAUCAUUCGCAUAAUCAUCCUCAUAAUCAUCCUCAUAAUCAUCCUCAUAAUCAUCCUCAUAAUCAUCCCCAUAAUCAUCCCCAUAAUCAUCCCCAUAAUCAUCCUCAUAAUCAUUCGCAUAAUCAUCCUCAUAAUCAUUCGCAUAUUAAUUCGCAUAAUUAUCCACAUGAUAUGUAUUAUUAUGAUGACAUGACGAUCAACCUACAAUUGAAGAAGGAACAAGUGGAAGAAGAGCAUUUUAAAAAAUUUCUAAAAUCGAAUGUAAAACAAUUUAUAAAAUGUGAAGAUGAUUAUAAAAUAUCAGAAUGUGGUGAUAUUUUUUUUAAUAAGAAAAACUUAUGUAUUGGCAAUAGCCAUCAUAAUGAUAAUAAUAGUAAGUUAGUAAAUAAUAAAAAAGAUCCCAUUUGUUCUAAUUAUAUAAUAGAUGAACAUCAUGUAUAUAAUAUGAUAAAUGAAAAAAUUAAUAAAACAGAGAACAUAAAAAAGAUAGGUAGUAGUAACCAAGAUUUUCUCAUGGACCAUCAUAAUAAUAACAUUAGUAAUAGUAAUAAUGAAAAAAAUGCAUGCAAAAAGGGUAUCAUGAGUAUUGAUAACUGCAACGUGAACAUAUUAGAUAAGGAUGCAAAUAUUUUUAAGAAUCCUUGUGAGAAGAGAAGCCCGCAUGACAGCAACAACAACAGUAAUAAUAUUAGCGGAAAUAACAUUGGAGGAAAUAACUGCGGUAACAACUGCAGUAAUUUGUGCAGCAAUUAUAAUAUUGACAAUACAAUAGCAUAUUAUAAGGAAAAUUGCAUGAGCAACGAGAAUGUCGUUUAUGAUGAAGAAAAGAGAAUAUUUAAAACAAAAGAAAAUUGUAAUAUAAAAAUUUAUAGACGUAGUUUAGAAAAAGAAAGAAUGCUGAAUUUUCCGCUUAUCCAUUUAGGUGAAAAUGAUGUUAUAGUGAAAAGAAUAAAACUUUAUUAUCCAUUGAGGAAUGAAAAUAUUUUUACCAACAUUUCAAAAAUUAUAUUUAUGACGAAUACUAAUAUUUGUUCUUUAUAUUUAUCCGAUUCGCUAUUAAUACAUUAUGAUGAUAUAAAAAUUCAUUCUUAUUUAUCAAAAGGAGGGUUUGGUGUUGUUUAUAAGGGUAUACUAUUAAAGAAAGUUAGAAGGUGGGAACUUCGGACCAGUGCAAGUAGUAGUAGAUAUAGCAAAGAAGAUGAGGAGGAACAUAUGAUGAUUAAAAAUAAGUCCGAAAUGAAAAUUCACGAUAGGAGGCAAAAAAGAGCCAUGAUAGCAUGUCAGGAGGAACAGCGCCAUGAGGUACAGCAGGACCACGUGGACGGUGAUGGUGAGGAAGAUGAUGAUGAAGAGGAAGAAGAAGAAGAUGAAGUCCAUAUGGGGGAAAAAAUCCAUAUAGGACUAAAGGAUGAAGCAGUAAAAGAAAGGAGUAACAGUGUUCAAGUAAAGUUAAAGAAAUCGCGUAAAACAACUACAGAAGCAGGGGUAAGGAGUAAAAGGGAUGUUGUACAGAAAGAUACGUUUGACAAUAAUAGUGCUGGUGGUUAUGUAAGGAACAACAAUAAUAUAUCAAGUAUUUUUCAUAAGAAUGUUUUUAAAAAAGGGGAUAAUUCCCUUAGUGCUAGUAGUGUUGAGGGGUAUGAUCCAUAUGUAGGAGAAAAUAAAAAAAAUCUGGGGUUUAUCAAUUGUAACAACAGCAAUAAUAACGAUAGUAGUAGUGGUAGUUGUCAUGACAGUAAUGCAUGUAAAAGUGGUAUAAAGAAAAAAGCUAGUAGCAGUAACAAUGAAGAGGGGAAAUUAAAUAAAAGCUGCAAAAAGCUAUGCUACUUGCAAAAUCAGUUGAUAGAGAAAAUAUUCGAUGUUUUUAAUAACAACAACCAAACGAAUUCGAAUGGAAAUUAUAGGAAUAGCAAGAAUGAAUUUAUAGUAAGAAAUAUGGGAAAAGAGGAGGAAAAGAGUGCCAUUGAAAAUAUUUUAAAAAACUUAAAUGAGCAAAGAAUGAGUGGGAAAAAAGUACUACCGAACUUUGUUGAACAGUAUAAUAAUGAAAUAGAAUAUAUGUUGUUGAUAGAACAGAAUAAUGGGGAUAUUAGUAACGAACUUUUUUUUAGUAAUAUUAUACAGUGCGUGAAUAGAGGAAUAGAUAAGAGCGAAAAGGCGUUGUGGCUAAAUUAUGGAGACGAUGGUAAUAACAGUAAUAUUGAUGGCAGUAUUGGUAAAAAUGGAGAUAAUGGUAAUAAUGGUAAUAAUGGCAGUAUUGGUAAUAAUGGCAGUAUUGGUAAUAAUGGCAGUAUUGGUAAUAAUGGCAGUACUGGUAAUAAUGGAAGUAAUGUUAAUAAUGGCAGCAGUAUUGGUAAUAAUGGAAGUAAUGUUAAUAAUUUCAGGAGUGGCAAUAAUGGCGAUAAUGGUAACAAUAGCAGUAACAGCAAUAGCUGUGGUCGUCAUGGGGAAGAGGAGGAUGACGAUGUGGUAAAGCUGGAUGACUUGAAGGAGCACAAUAAACAAAUGUUGAGCAACUACUUUGCAAGGGAUGAAGAGAAAAGAGCACAUUGCAUACACGUUCGUGAAAUAAAAAAAUUAAAAAAAAAAAUGUUACAUUUUUUAUACACGAAUCAGAAGAUUGACAAAAUAGUUAUUGAUAAAAAUGAGUUUUUUAGUGAAGUAGAAAAAAUAAUAUAUAAAUUUCAAAAUAUGAAUAAAGAAUAUGAUAUAAAAUAUAAUGAAGAAAUAGUGUCUUAUUUAUUGUUAGAUAUUUAUCAUAAUAAUAUAUUAUACAAUAACCAUUUAAAUUUCUUAUAUGUGAAAAGCAAAAACAUUAUAACAUAUAGAUUAUAUAAAGAAAGUUUAUAUAUAUUUGACAAUAAGAAUAUAUUUCAUUAUUAUAGUAACAAGUGUAUAUUCAAAAUAAUAUUUAUAGAUGAACAUAAGGAAUUAAUAAUGUAUAGAAAUUUCACUGUUUUUAAUGUUUUAAAUAAUGAUAAAAUUGUAAAAAAUUCGUCAGUUUUAAAAUAUGAAAUAAAUAAACAUAAGAAUGGAUUAAACAAAUUGGCUAUUAUUCCAUUUAGCAAAAUAAGUAUGAAUCACUUAAUGAAUGCUUUAAUUUUUGGCUUUUUAAAAUUUCUGUUCAAUUUGAGGAGAAAGUAUUAUAAACAGCCGAAAAACUGCCCUUGUUAUUCUUUACCCAUGGAGAGUGACAAUAGCCCUGUGAUGAACAACCCCCUCGUUAUUGAUAACUGCGGUAGAGCUAACAUAGCCUUCAAUAAGGAAAGCUGCAAUGGUAGUGGUGGUAUUGUCAGUGGUGGUAUUGUCAGUGGUAGUAAUGGCAAUGGUAGUAAUGCUGAAUGCAGUUUUAAUAAUAAAGAAGACAUAGACUCCAUUUUACUACAAGAACAAAUUGACAUUCUGGACGAGUUUUUGUGCUGUAAUUAUGAUGAUGAAAAUGCUAACUUCCAGAGCAGCAACAAUAAUAAAAUAUCAUCUAGUACGAACGUAAAUGAGAAAGGUGGAAAGCACGUUACAUAUAAGAACGAGGAGAUGGAGCACAACAACAGCAGUAACAGUAAUAGCAAUAGUAACAGAAACUGUAACAAUCGAAACAGUAGUAACACCAGCAGUAGCAUCCAUAUUAUUAAUGGGAACAGCAGCGGUAAUAGCAAUAGUAAUAGCAAUAGUAAUAGUAAUAGCAAUAGUAAUAGCAAUAGCAAUAGUAAUAGUAAUAGUAAUAGUAAUAGUAAUAGCAAGAGUAACAUUAACAUUAACAGUAACAGUAACAGUAACAGCGGUAUCACGAGUAACAUGAACAUAAGUAGUAGUAACAUUAGAAGGGACCAAUGUAAUAAUACGGUCAAUAAUAGUAACAACAAUGAGAGGCGCAAUUACGGAAUGGGAAAGGACGAAUGCGCGGAAAAAAUGACAAAUAGCAGUAAGGGGAAAAGCGUAUCGAGCAACAAUUGUGCGGCGAGUACCACCAUAAUAAAUACUAAUAGCACGGACGAAUCUAAAACAACUAUACUAUUAAACUUGUCAAAAAAUAAUAAGAAUAUUUUAUCAAAAGAAUAUAUAAAUGAAAAAGAAUACAACAAUAUGACUUAUUCUUCACGUAAGUUAAAUAACAAAGAACAACAAGAAACGGAUAAUAGGGAAGAAGCAACAAGCUGUGCUACUAAAGCUAAUGAAAUUAAAGGGGGAAAAAAAGAAAAAGAAAAAAUAGGAACAAAAGAAAAAAAAGAAGAGAAAGGAAAAAAUUAUGAUGAAGAGAUUGAAAUGGAUAAUGAAAAUAAAUUAAUGUAUGUUAAAAUCCCUGUGGCUAUUAAAAUACAUGAUUUAAAAGAUAGUAAAAAUUUAAAAAAUUUUUUAAGAGAAAUUGAAAUAUAUAAAAAUAUUCAACGUCAAAAUAUAUGUAAAUUUUAUGGUAUAUGUAUUAAGUCAAAUAAAUUAAUGUUAUUAUUGGAAUAUUAUCCAAAAGGAAAUUUAUUUAAUUAUCUAAAAAAUAAAAAUAAAAUACAUAAAAAGCAAAGAUUGGAAUGGGCAAUUGAAAUGUGUUAUAUUGUACAUGAAUUACAUAUACAUAAUCCACCAAUUAUAAAUGGGGAUAUAAAAACAUCUAAUAUAUUAAUUGAUAAUAAUAUGAAUUUAGUAAUGUGUGAUUUUGGAAAAGCAAGAUUUAAAAGCUCAAAACUGUAUAGUAAUUUUGGUUCUUAUAGAUAUAUGGCUCCAGAAACAUUUAGCUGUACAACUGAAGUAACUGAAAAAAUUGAUAUCUGGAGUUUAGCUUGUUGUAUUGUAGAAAUAUUUUCAAGUAAAUACCCAUAUUACAAUUUUUCAAAAAAUGUUAAGAUUAGACAUGAAUUAUUAGUUAAUAAAAGAACACCACAUAUACCCAAUUUCUUGCCGAACUCAAUAAAAAAAUGCCUCCAAAAAUGCUUCAGUUUUGUUCCUGAGGAAAGACCAUGUGCUUACGAAAUGUACAAACUCUUGAAAAAAAUUAAAGUCGUCGAGUGA